UUAUUGAAGGAGAAAAACUGUGUGUGGUGAAUAUCAAAUUACAAAGUCACAUAUCUCUUCCUACUUUGAUCGCUACUGAACAUGUUUGCUAUUAAGCAAUAUGUUUAUAGACACAUACCCUAUGAAACAUGCUAGCUUGCCAUUCUUGGAGGGAAGUGAGAUAGAAAGGCAAUUAAAAUACAAAGGUUUAUUUUCUUAAUGGAUGAACUAGUAGAUAGAAACAGAGAGAGUAGGCUAAAAAUAGAGUCUAGAUUAAUAUGGGACAUAUUUGUGCUCCAUGUCAAAUCAGAGAGCCUGGGAGAAGUAAUUUUUAGCUAGUCAUCCUCUACACAUCUCUGCAGGGUUGAUCCUGUUCUAUUGAUUUCUCAAAAGCAACCCUGGCUACCCAGCUUUAAAGUGGCUUGGUUACCUCUCCCUAUCUCAAGACAUAAACAUACCUUUAUUUUUUUAACAUAAACCUUGAAAGCUUCCUAACUUGUAUUUAUCCUUUAAGUAGCAGGCAAAGGAAGGACAAUCAAAUCAGAUGUUUUCUCAGUUGUUUUUAUCGCUUUUGUAAUCCUUAUUAGCCCCUCCCUGCAUAGAGGAGGGCUGUCCCUUUUGCUAGCCAUGCUAUGCAUCAGCCGCCCUCUUGUGAUUAACAGUGGUGCAAUAAGAGUUAUUAAAAGGUAGUUAGAAAAGCGGAGCAGGCAAGCUGCUGUAAACUUAGUGUAACCUGAAGCAAGCAAUGAGGUAUCCUCUGGUUCCUUUGGUGAAUGAACUGACCUUUCCUCUUCUUUUCUUCUGGUUUUGUUUGCCAUUUGUAAUGCUGUUGAUCGUGAUUAUUAUCUGGCUACAGCUUCUGCUUAAUGAAGCGCAGAUGCCCAAUGCAGAAGAAAUAAAGAAACAAUCUUCUGAUGAGCCUGAUUCAGACUCUAAAUCUGAGAACGAACCAACAGAGGAAGAAAGCCAGAAUGACACAUCCAGUACAGAAACGCAAGAGGAGACACAAUCUAGUGGAUCUGUGGAAAAACUGAGGCCCAAGCCUGCUUAUCUGAGUUCAAAUCCAAAAAGCCAAAAGCAGAGUCUUUUUGCUGUAAUCUCAGACAGCUGGUCUCAGAGCCAGAAUGUAAGGUAUUCCUCUGUUGAGAAGAGCAAUUGCUGUAACGUCAUGAUGCUGUUGUGCACCAUGCUUUCUUCUCUCACCUGGAACUUUGUCUGCCAGUUGCUCCAGAUCUCUAAUGUCCUGAAGAUUCAACUGCUGCCAUCCUCUCUGAUUAUCUACGUGGCUCAGCUGUUUGUUUUGCUGGGUGAAAAAGUUGUGAAAAUCCUGGAUUCUCUGAGGCUGGAGGGCAGAGGGCUGUUGGCUUCAGUCUUGGGGAAGAAACUGGAACAGAAUGGUGAUGCUCAGAGAACCACCUCAGGGUGAAAAUAAAGCAGGUAGUCCCACAACCAUUAGCAGCAAUCCCGCUUGGCAUCAGUGAGGGAUACUGCAGCAUUGCAGAGGGAGGUUAAUUCUCUGAAGAGGAAACUUACUCAAGACUAAGUCAACAUUUGCUCAGAUCACUACAGCUACUUUCAGAGUGAACAGUAUCGACUGGCUAAAUAUUAAAUGGGUGACAGCACCCAGCCUCUUGCACAGUGCUUGGGUGUGUACCCUGCUCCUCUUCCACUUGAUGGGGGGGUGAAGUCCUUUUUUUAUAAGGAAAAAAACACUACACUGGCACCAGUGAUACUCUCUGUUCAUCCCUACUAAUAUUUGAUUUCAAACAAAUAAGAUCAGGGCAAUAACUCUGGGUGGCAGUGUAUACUGGAGGUUAAAUGUGGUACAGCCCAGUGAAGAUUUUAUUCCUACUGCAGUCAGCGCUUUUCUGAUGUCCAACUUGUCAGUUCUCAAAGUAGGAAACAUUUCAACACUCAGGUUUAACAAAUGAAACAAGCCUACCUCCAGUUAACAAGAGGUUAAUUAGAAACAAGAUUUUAAACAAGAAAUAAUUAAGCCCUUAGUAGAUACUGAGCAAGAAUUUCCUUCAUUUCUGGUGAGGAUAUGCCUUUCAGCUGCCUGGCUGAUAAAGGUUAGAUUGCAGCCUGAACAGGCACUCACUGACAGCUUGAUUUAACCAGUUGGUGGGACCACAAGGAGGUUGGUGGGACUGGGAUGAGCCAUAAUUUUGUGGCCUAAAUGUUCAUCCGGUCGUCAGGCUAUGAACAGAACAGCUGCUUGCUCCUGGCAUUGAUGCACACAUUCAAUAAACUGUUUUGUGGGUUUUUUUAAAAAAAUUUAAGACAAAUUAGGAAGUUUCAUCCCAAAGAGCACAUGGUGAAAAACAUUUGUCUCUGCUCCUCGUGUGAAGUAACUGUCUCUUGUCUCCAGAGUCUUGCACGGGCACUCGGUGUGCUAGUUAACACUGGGCUGCACUAAUUCCGCAGCAUGCCUUGUUUGUGUUUGUCUUUCCCUCCCCAUGCCCAAAUAUUUGUCCAGAGCAGGAUGCUUUUAAAUAAAACUUGUUUGUCCACAUUUUUAUUUUUGCAAGGG